CAACACUUGAGUCAUGUCAGUUAAUGCCCAAAGUAGAGGAUACUCUCUUCCUUCUUUCCACAUCUGUCCUGUAUGAACUUGUGGCUCUGUUUCACGGCUUAGUUAAGAUAUGAAAUCCUUGGUUUAAUCGUUCUGAGGAAUUACUAUAAAUAGGGAAUGAUUUGCAUACAAAGAUAGUAUUCUGAGAUAUCAUAUAAAUAUUUGCAGUGCAUUUGUGCUUCUUAUUCCAACAUCUUCUUGAUUACAUUAAUUAAGAUGGAGUUGGGAAUGUGGCUCAGACAUGCUUAUGCAAUAUCAAUUGUGCUUCUUCUGCAUAUCAACGCUUCCUUAUCCCUCGGCCACCACCGUGCUAACGUGACGGCAAGGUGCCUAGAGAGGGAGAGGGAUGCAUUGCUUGCUAUCAAAGGAGACCUGGUGGAUGAAUACAACCUGCUCUCUUCGUGGGGAAGCGAAGCCAAAAAGCGAGACUGUUGCGGAUGGGAAAGAGUCCACUGCGAUCACCAGACCGGCCAUGUUAUUCAACUUCAUCUGAAUGAAGGACCGUGGGUGAUCUCUUUGCAAGGUGAGUACCUUGAGUAUAUACAGACUGUGCAAAGUGAAAUUAGUCCUAAAAUCAUUGAGUUGCAGCAUUUGGAAUAUUUGGACCUCAGUAACAAUUCCUUCACUGCCAGCCAAAUUCCAGCACUCAUUUGUUCUCUAUCCAAUUUAGGACACCUAGAUCUCAGUUUCAAUGACCUCUCUGGGAGCAAAAUUCCGGAGCUCAUUGGUAACUUGACCAAUUUAAGGUAUCUAGAUCUGUCUGACACUCGCUUGAGUGGUGAAAUUCCAUAUCAUAAGCUUGGAAACCUUACUCAUUUGCAGUAUCUCAAUCUCGGGUGGAAUGACUUCACUCCUGUUGGAGGAAAUCUCAAUUGGCUUCCACAUCUUUCUUCUUUAAAAUACCUGGACUUGAGUUUCACCGAUCUAAGUAAGGUUUCUGAUUGGCUGGAAACAAUAAACAAGCUCCCUGACCUAAGAAACUUGACCUUAAUAGGAUGUGAUCUUCAUCCUCCAAUUCUUUCCACUCUUUCUCACAUAAAUUCUUCCAAUUCUCUUGUAAGUGUUGAAUUGUCUAAAAAUCCUGCUGUCAGUUCUUCAAUAUUCAAAUGGUUGUGCAACUACAAUACCACCCUAGUUCAUAUUGACCUCUCUUCCACCCAAUUAAGUGGUUUGAUUCCCGAUGCUUUCAAAAAUAUGAAUUCACUUGCAUAUCUUGGCCUCCGUGAUAUCCAAUUAAGUGAUUUUACUGCUAAUGCUUUUGCAAACAUGAGCUCACUUGAAACUCUUGUCCUCUCUUACAACCAAUUAAGGGGUUUGAUUCCUUAUGCUUUUGCAAACAUGAGAUCACUUGAAAAUCUGUACCUCUCUAGCAACCAAUUAAGUGGUUUGAUUCCCGAUGCUUUUGCAAACAUGAGCUCACUUGUAACUCUUGACCUCUCUUCCAACCAAUUAAGUGGUUUAAUUCCCGAUGCUUUUGCAAACAUGAGCUCACUUGCAUCUCUUGACCUCUCUUCCAACCAAUUAAGUGGUUUGAUUCCCGAUGCUUUUGCAAACAUGAGCUCACUUGCAACUCUUGACCUCUCUUCCAACCAAUUAAGUGGUUUGAUUCCCGAUGCAUUUGCAAACAUGAGCUCACUUGUAACUCUUGACCUCUCUUCCAAUCAAUUAAGUGGUUUGAUUCCUUAUGCAUUUGCAAACAUGAGUUCACUUAAAUAUCUUUACCUCUAUUCCAACCAAUUAAGUGGUUUGAUUCCCGAUGCUUUUGCAAACAUGAGCUCACUUGUAACUCUUGACCUCUCUUCCAACCAAUUAAGUGGUUUGAUUCCCGAUGCUUUUGCAAACAUGAGAUCACUUGAAGCUCUUGUCCUCUCUUACAACCAAUUAAGUGGUUUGAUUCCUUAUGCUUUUGCAAACAUGAGCUCACUUGCAACUCUUGACCUCUCUUCCAACCAAUUAAGUGGUUUGAUUCCCGAUGCUUUUGCAAACAUGAGAUCACUUGAAGCUCUUGUCCUCUCUUCCAACCAAUUAAGUGGUUUGAUUCCUUAUGCUUUUGCAAACAUGAGCUCACUUGCAACUCUUGACCUCUCUUCCAACCAAUUAAGUGGUUUGAUUCCCGAUGCUUUUGCAAACAUGAGAUCACUUGAAACUCUUGUCCUCUCUUACAACCAUUUAAGUGGUUUGAUUCCUUAUGCUUUUGCAAACAUGAGCUCACUUGCAACUCUUCACCUCUCUUCCAACCAAUUAAGUGGUUUGAUUCCCGAUGCUUUUGCAAACAUGAGAUCACUUGAAACUCUUGUCCUCUCUUACAACCAAUUAAGUGGUUUGAUUCCUUAUGCUUUUGCAAACAUGAGCUCACUUGUAACUCUUGACCUCUCUUCCAACCAAUUAAGUGAUUUGAUUCCCGAUGCUUUUGCAAACAUGAGAUCACUUAAAUAUCUUCACCUCUCUUCCAACCAAUUAAGGGGUUUGAUUCCCGAUGCUUUUGCAAACAUGAGCUCACUUGAAACUCUUGUCCUCUCUUACAACCAAUUAAGUGGUUUGAUUCCUUAUGCUUUUGCAAACAUGAGAUCACUUGAAAAUCUGUACCUCUCUAGCAACCAAUUAAGUGGUUUGAUUCCCGAUGCUUUUGCAAACAUGAGCUCACUUGUAACUCUUGACCUCUCUUCCAACCAAUUAAGUGGUUUAAUUCCCGAUGCUUUUGCAAACAUGAGCUCACUUGCAUCUCUUGACCUCUCUUCCAACCAAUUAAGUGGUUUGAUUCCCGAUGCUUUUGCAAACAUGAGCUCACUUGCAACUCUUGACCUCUCUUCCAACCAAUUAAGUGGUUUGAUUCCCGAUGCUUUUGCAAACAUGAGCUCACUUGUAACUCUUGACCUCUCUUCCAAUCAAUUAAGUGGUUUGAUUCCUUAUGCUUUUGCAAACAUGAGUUCACUUAAAUAUCUUUACCUCUAUUCCAACCAAUUAAGUGGUUUGAUUCCGAAUGCUUUCGCAAACAUGAGGUCACUUAAAUAUCUUUACCUCUAUUCCAACCAAUUAAGUGGUUUGAUUCCGAAUGCUUUCGCAAACAUGAGCUCACUUAAAUAUCUGUACCUCUUUUCCAACCAAUUAAGUGGUUUGAUUCCCGAUGCUUUUGCAAACAUGAGCUCACUUGUAACUCUUGACCUCUCUUCCAACCAAUUAAGUGGUUUGAUUCCCGAUGCUUUUGCAAACAUGAGAUCACUUGAAACUCUUGUCCUCUCUUACAACCAAUUAAGUGGUUUGAUUCCUUAUGCUUUUGCAAACAUGAGCUCACUUGCAACUCUUCACCUCUCUUCCAACCAAUUAAGUGGUUUGAUUCCCGAUGCUUUUGCAAACAUGAGAUCACUUGAAACUCUUGUCCUCUCUUACAACCAAUUAAGUGGUUUGAUUCCUUAUGCUUUUGUAAACAUGAGCUCACUUGCAACUCUUGACCUCUCUUCCAACCAAUUAAGUGGUUUGAUUCCUGAUGCUUUUGCAAACAUGAGAUCACUUGAAACUCUUGACCUCUCUUACAACCAAUUAAGUGGUUUGAUUCCCGAUGCUUUUGCAAACAUGAGCUCACUUGAAACUCUUGACCUCUCUUCCAACCAAUUAAGUGGUUUGAUUCCCGAUGCUUUUGCAAACAUGAGAUCACUUGAAGCUCUUGUCCUCUCUUCCAACCAAUUAAGUGGUUUGAUUCCUUAUGCUUUUGCAAACAUGAGCUCACUUGCAACUCUUGACCUCUCUUCCAACCAAUUAAGUGGUUUGAUUCCCGAUGCUUUUGCAAACAUGAGAUCACUUGAAACUCUUGUCCUCUCUUACAACCAUUUAAGUGGUUUGAUUCCUUAUGCUUUUGCAAACAUGAGCUCACUUGCAACUCUUGACCUCUCUUCCAACCAAUUAAGUGGUUUGAUUCCCGAUGCUUUUGCAAACAUGAGAUCACUUGAAACUCUUGUCCUCUCUUACAACCAUUUAAGUGGUUUGAUUCCUUAUGCUUUUGCAAACAUGAGCUCACUUGCAACUCUUGACCUCUCUUCCAACCAAUUAAGUGGUUUGAUUCCCGAUGCUUUUGCAAACAUGAGAUCACUUGAAACUCUUGUCCUCUCUUCCAACCAAUUAGGUGAUUUGAUUCCUUAUGCUUUUGCAAACAUGAGCUCACUUGCAACUCUUGACCUCUCUUCCAACCAAUUAAGUGGUUUGAUUCCCGAUGCUUUUGCAAACAUGAGAUCACUUGAAACUCUUGUCCUCUCUUACAACCAUUUAAGUGGUUUGAUUCCUUAUGCUUUUGGAAACAUGAGCUCACUUGCAACUCUUGACCUCUCUUCCAACCAAUUAAGUGGUUUGAUUCCCGAUGCUUUUGCAAACAUGAGAUCACUUGAAACUCUUGUCCUCUCUUCCAACCAAUUAGGUGAUUUGAUUCCUUAUGCUUUUGCAAACAUGAGCUCACUUGCAACUCUUGACCUCUCUUCCAACCAAUUAAGUGGUUUGAUUCCCGAUGCUUUUGCAAACAUGAGCUCACUUGCAAAUCUUGACCUUUGUAAUAACCCACUUGAAGGAGGAAUCCCUGCAGCAUCCAUUGGCCAGUUAUGUAAUUUGCGGACCUUGGCCAUUUCAGACAGUAGGUUACAUGGACAGUUCUCUGAAUUUGUUCAAACAUUGUCUAUAUGUACUCAAAACUCAUUGGAGAGAUUGAGUCUCUCUCAUAAUGAUCUUGCUAGGUCAUUGCCUAAUCUUGCAAACUUCCAAUCAUUGAAGGAAUUAUAUCUCUCUAAAAACCAGUUGAGUGGAAUCAUUCCUGAUAGUAUUGGAAAGUUGUCUUCUUUGAUGACAUUAGAUCUCAAAGAAAAUAGGUUAAGCGGAAUGAUACCGGAGAGUAUUGGGCAAAUGUCAUUGUUGAGAGAGUUGUGUCUACAGGGAAACCAACUUAGCGGAAUGAUACCGGAAAGUAUUGGGAAAUUGUCAGCCUUGCAAACAUUAGAUCUCUCCGGUAAUCGAUUAAGUGGGAAAGUACCUGAAAGUAUUGGACAAUGCUCAAAACUGUCCAAUAUGAAUCUUAGUAAGAAUUCUUUGGAAGGGGUAAUUUCGGAAGUUCAUUUUUCAAAAUUGUCUGCACUAGAGGCAUUGGAUUUAUCGUAUAACCCAUUAGCUUUCAACAUCAAUUCUGAUUGGGUUCCUCCUUUUCAAUUGUAUUCUUUAAGUUUGAAAUCAUGCAAGGUCGGGCGGUAUUUCCCAAACUGGCUUCGAACUCAAAAAAGUCUUUCCAAAAUUGAUAUUUCUUAUGCUGGAAUUUCAGAUGUCCUUCCAAGUUGGUUCUUGAGUCUCUUUGGUAACACCCAGACAAUAGAUAUCUCUCAUAAUCAAAUUAGAGGAACAUUUGAGAGUUCAACAUUGAAUGUUACAUCAUUGCCUGGAGUUGAAGUUCAUUUCGGUUCCAAUCAAUUCGAAGGUUCAAUACCGUCAAUUUUAUUUGCUGCUUCAUAUUUGGAUCUCUCCGAUAAUAAGUUUUCAGAUAUGACAGCCUUGUGUGUUACUUCAGAGCUUCAAAGUUUGAAGUUUCUUGAUCUCUCAGGCAAUCAUGUUUCAGGAGAAAUUCCAGAUUGUUGGAGGCAUUUGGUCUCCCUAGAACUACUCGAUUUGAGUAGCAAUGCUUUUUCCGGGAAAAUCCCGACCACUAUAGGCACUUUGUUUCGAAUGGAAACAUUGAAAUUAAGAAGCAACAAACUUGUAGGAGAAUUGCCUUCAUCCUUGAAGAAUUGUAAGAGCUUAAAAGUGAUUGAUCUCGGAGACAAUAAGCUUUCAGGAUCAGUCCCUGAAUGGUUGGGAGUUAGUUUUCCAAAUUUGGUGAUACUGAUGCUCCAAUCUAAUCAGUUUAGAGGGAGCUUGCUGCCUUCACAAUUAUGUCAUUUAACGCACAUUCAGAUUUUGGAUUUCUCUGUGAAUGAAAUCUCAGGAGCUAUACCUAAAUGCCUCAAUAAUAUGACUUCUUUAACUCGAGAAGGAAAUUCAAGUCUAACCAUUAGACAUUCUUUUCAUCCAUCUUAUGCACAAGCACCUGGGAUGGCGGCACCCCCAUCGCCUACGGCGGAAGCACCUUACGUAAGUGUGUCUGAUUAUUAUGAGGAUGAUGCAACCUUCAUGUGGAAAGGAAGAAUGCAUGCAUACAAAAGUACUUUGGGACUUGUCAAGAGAAUUGAUCUCUCAAGCAACAAAAUAACUGGGGAAAUUCCAAGUGAGAUCACUCAUCUUGUUGGUUUGGUUUCUUUGAACCUUUCAAGAAACCAUCUAACAGGACAUAUUCCUUCACAGAUUGGAAAGCUGAAGUUCUUAGAUUCUCUUGAUUUGUCAAGAAACCGGAUAAAUGGGAAGAUUCCGACAAGUCUUGCUCGGAUCGAUCAACUUGCUUACUUGGACCUGUCAUACAACAACUUAUCUGGCGAAAUUCCAACUGGUACUCAACUCCAAGACCCUUCCUCUUUUGCUGGAAAUCUUAAAUUGUGUGGAUUUCCACUUGAAAAGAUUUGUGAUCCGGAAGGAAACGGUCGGCCAAAUGUCUCGAGCAAUGAAGAAGAUCCAGAUGAGCUCAUCACGCUGGGUUUCUACAUAAGUCUAGGAGUUGGAUUUGCUGUUGGAUUUUGGGGAGUCUCCGGGAGUUUGAUAUUCAAGAGGUCAUGGAGAUAUGCAUACUACAACUUCUUGAAUGCUUCAAAUGAUUGGCUUUAUGUGAAGGUUGCUUUGAUCAGACGGCAAUUAAGUGAUGUGCUUCAUACAUAAUCAUAAACGCGUCAGCAUCUUCUGAGACAAGUACGAUGGACAAUUGUACAAGUUUCCCAGCAGUGAAGGAGUGUUUAUGGAAGUACUAGUCUCUUGGUUAAUGGUGUUUUUCUUUCUUAAUUUUUUUUUCUCUUUUGUCCAUGUUGUUUG